CGCUUCCUUCAUUCAUUUUGUGGCGGUGAUGUUGUUUGCAUUCUUAUUGUCCCUUCUGUUAUCAAUUUAAUAUUUUUUUUUUUUUAAAUUUUUUUCCGUUUCAGAACUCACUAUUAACUUGUUUAUAUAAAACAAGAUAAUUAUAACAUGGAGGAAUCAUUAGAUGAAGUUGAGACAAAAACUUUCUUUGGGAGAUGUAUCUGUUGUAUGGAAUAUGGUUACAUGAAGAAUAUGUGGAUAGAGCAUUAUUGGGAAGGAGAACGAGAAAUAUAUGGAGAAAUGCUAAUGGAAACUUUCUCUAUAGUUUGCAACCAAUUAGAAAAACUGGAGCAAAUCUGUGAAGUGUGUGUGACGCGGUUACGAGAUGCCUUCAACUUCAAAAAGGAUGUGCAGGCAUCCCUGAACCUUUUACAAGAGGAUAGCUUUUAUAAUGAGGGCAAUGAUACAGAAUUGCAAGAGAAGAAAAUGUUUCAAGACAACCAAUCACUUGAGGAGGAGUACUUAGAAGAAGAUAUGGAGCAGGAGGUCAAAUUGGAACAUCUGUCAGAGCCUGAGUACCAGGAAAUCGAAUAUUUGGAGGAAGACGAGGCUCUAGUAGCAGCAGAGAUAACCAAGUCGCAAUCGACGGAAUCGACGCCGGCGAGCAAGUGUACGAAGAAAGAAAGAAAGGGUGACGUGAAAGCGACGUAUAAGAAUUAUAACCAGGCGGAUUUGAGGAGAGCAGUUGAGGCCGUGAUCAACAAUGAACUAACUGUGGUGGAAGCUUCCGAGCGGUACUGCAUACCGCGGAGGACUAUCAACACUAGAAUCACGUACUUGAAGAACAGACCCGACACGCUCGACAUCGAGAUACGUCAACUGUUCCACGAUAAACGUUACAGGUUCGUUGAAGAAACGAAAGUAAUUCUCGCCUACACGAACCUCGUCCCGUUCAAGGUAAGGAGAACUAGGUUGUAUUGCGCGUACUGCGAGCCUAGUCCAGUGUUCGACGAUCCGGAACAAAUAAGGAUCCACACGUACGACAAACACAAACACCAAAUAGCGAAUAAUCUGGACAUUGUCCUCCGGCCGCAUUGGCUGAACGAAGUCAUCAGGGUCGACAUAACCAACAUGGCCUGCAACGAGUGCUACAUCAGGAUCCCGACGUGGAACGAGCUCUUCGAACACCUGAGAGACACCCACAACGUUGAGCUGGACGAGGCCUACACAAGGGUAAUACCGUACAAACUGACCAACGACCACAAAUGCGCAUUGUGCGAUAUGAACUUCUCCCAUUUCCACUUCCUGGACGCGCAUAUGAAUGCCCAUUACAAUAACUACGUGUGUGCCGAUUGCGGCGACACAUUCAUUACAGAGUGCAGACUGAAGAAACACGUUCUUAUCCACAGCAACGAAAGAUUCCCAUGCCAAGAAUGCGGGAAAGUCUUCACUUUGAACAAGUACAGGACUAAACACGUAAACUUCGUGCACAAAACUGGGAAACACUUCAAAUGUUUAUACUGCGACUGCAAAUACAGCACUGAGCUAGAACGCCACAUGCACGUAGUCAAGGAACACAAGGAGAAAGUGAAGACGAUAACGUGCGAAAUCUGCGGUCUCACCUUCACAUGGAGGGCUUACUAUUUGGCCCAUGUAAGGAAGAAACACUCAACGGACAAGAAAUUCAAAUGCGAGUACUGCUUGAGGCAGUUCGUGUCGAGACAUGAUCUAAAGAUGCAUAUCAUGAGGCACAAAGGGCAGAAGACGGUGGAAUGUAGCCAUUGCGACAAGAAGUUCGUGACGAAGGCGGAACUGAGGAGUCACGCCAAAACACAUAACAAACUCACGACUGUGUUAGAGACGCCAGCCAGUCUAGUGGUCAUAUGUCCUGCUCCCAAAUCCUAACUUGAGGCCUUUGAAAGCUGUUUUUAAUGGUUAAAAAUGUAAUAGCGUAUAUACAUAGAGCAUUAAGUAUAAAAAACGGGUCAACUUUUAAUGAGCCAAACGUCAUAUUGGCUGAACAUGUUUUUAGAGACUACAGUAUGGGGUAUUUCAAAGUGUGUAUUAAGGUUUCUUUAGGGUCAGCAACGCGCACAUGUUACCCCUAGUAGUAGCAGACGUCCAUAGUUUACAGUGACCGUUUACAAUCAGUCGGCCUGUAAUUUGACGCCUUCGUGAUUUAAAAAAAAAAGAGACUAUGAACAAGUACGUAAUGGCUAUGGUUUCGCGUUUAUUUGAUAAAACGAGAUAGCAACAUCGGGCGUCUUGUUCUUUGUUAUGCAUAUGAUAAAAAAUGGGAUCGAUUCUGGGGCGUUCUUCUUCUAAAUCUAAAAUUUUAAUUUGUAAUCAUAAAUUAUAAAAAUUUUACUUAAAUGUAUUAGGAACUGAUGUGUGUAUUUACAUAACUUUACAUAGAUACUCUUUAUUGUUUCCUCCGUAAGAUUACAAUAGUAAACUUAUUAUAGACACAAACAAUUACAAGAAAAUAUUACACUGAGAAAACAAUGGGCGACCUUAUCGCUAAGAGCGAUCUCUUCCAGGCGACCUUUGGAUGGAGAGGAGUAUCUUAUGCCUUGUUGUAUCGAAUAUGUUUAGUUAGUACUUAAUCUUGUUUCUCGAGUGAUGGCUCCACGUCGUGGUCACGACAGGACUGAAGUGAGCGGCGUCUUCGUCUGGCAGCUCCUAACACUCUUUGGGUACCCUCAAACCACGAUAAUGUAUUUAAAAUGUAUGUAAAUCACGCGAAAAUUUAAAAUUAACUAAAAUAAAUGUGUCAUUAAUAUGUUUGGUUCAACUAUUACUGUAUUUGUAACUAGAAUAAAUGCAGUUGAAUAAAUAUUUGUGGAAUAAAUGGUAUUUGAAAUUGAGGGUAGUAAUAAAAUUAUAGAUGUUUGUUUUAUUUAUUUAUUGUUUAUUACACAAUAAACAACUUAGAAUGGCAGACAAGCUAACGGCCCGCCUGAUGGAAAGUGGUAACCGUCGCCUACAGACACGAGCAGCACCAUGGACAUAACAGAGUAUACUGUUUCGCCCAUGAUACAUCCCAUGCAUUGCUAUUCCUAAGGACUAAGGUAUUCCUCUGUGCCCUGUAAAUUCACUGCCGUAUCGCAUCUUUUAAACCGAAACAGCCAUGCAAUCAACUACUUUUGUACAAAUAUUAUCUUUUUUUUUUUUUGUUUUUUUUUUUUACGUCUGGAAAAUGCUUUAAGCAGACCCAUAUACCUUGUGGGAGGUGAAUGGGUACUGUGGGAAUCCCCCCGUAAGGUGGGGGGUGCACCCACCAAGAACCAGACGAUAUACCCUCGAGGUGCCAUAUGUUGGACACAUGGGUUCGCUUUCGCACUCACCACAUCUCCGACGUCAACAAAUACUACCUCUGGUAAAACAUCAAACAUCAAAACUACGAUAAACAUUAUGAGAUAUAUAAAUUAUUGAGUCUGUUUAAUAAAUUAAAUGUGUACUGUUACAUUAUUUAAAAUUACAUUGAUAUUGCAUUAAACCCUCUGAUAAUAAUACAAUCAUAAAUAUAAAUUAAAUAAAAAAAAGUCCCUAAAUAAAAAAUAUUGCUUCCAUUUUUAAAUAAAUAAUUUCAAUUUUGUGAAAUAAAUUAUUUUGUUAUAAUUAUUAAAUUUAGAUUCUUAAAAUAUUUUGUUGUGAUAUCGAUUUAGAGUUUUAGAGGCAGGUCCAGAGAAUGACGCCUCAAAAUCGGCUGUAUUGUAUCUACUUAUAUAGAGAACUAAAUAAAUUUAUUUCACAUUACAUUAUUCUAGCCCUUAAAAGCCUGAUUUUUUAAAUCAAAUUAAAAAAUAUGUAAGUGUACCCAUUACUGUGUUUACUAAUGGGGGAAAAUGAUAAAAAAAUCAAAACGAUAUUUUUAUAUAUUUAUUUUGAAAAAAACAUUUGGUAACGUGUAAAUGUUAAAAUAAAAUCGAUUGUAGGCGCCCAAUGCGAUUUAUAACCGCGGUAUCAAAUUUGAAACUUCAGGUAUUUAGGGGCUAGAGGGCAAGUUUUGUUGCUUGACCUGUUAAAUUACAAAAAUCUUGUAUUUAAUAUAUUAAUUUUAGAUUAUAUUUUAAAUUUCAAAUAAAUAUUUUGUUUUUACCAA